AUGAACUGCAAGGAGAUGCUUCAGUGGAUGGUUCUUGGAGAAAAAGGCAAUAAAGAAAGCGAUUUGGAUCCCCCUUUCCUAUCAACUCCCUUCUGGAAAGGACAUGUUGAAAUCAGAGGCAAGUGCACUCUGAAGGAAAGAGCAUUUUGGAACUUUAUAAUGGAAGGGGACAACGACAAUGCUGAAAAAACCACAGAAGUCAUCUUUGAAGGAUUACAAAUGGCCUGCACAAGAGAGGAUUUCAAGACCUUCAAGCUUGGAGAAUAUAUUUCAACAACAAUUGUUGAUGUUUGGGCGAUGCACUUGAAUUUCAGAUUCCACAGCUUGAAUAAAAAUAAAAAUAAAUUCUGCUUAACAACUAAUGUCAUGAUGGGAUUGUCUUUACAAGCUAUGAGUAACAGAAAUCCGAAGGAAUAUGUGAGGGAUGCAACUGCAAGGAUGGAUUUAGAGUUCACAGAAGAAGGGCUUAUUCAACAUGAUAUCAAGAAUAUCAGCCAUACCCAUUUUUACCUCUACUGUUUGGACUUUGAAAAUAAAAAACUAGGCAUUCUUGAUAACUUGGAUACAUUGUUGAGUGGAAAUGUGCCACUAAAUAACAAGUAUGGCGGAACUAAAGAUUUCUUGAAAAAGGUCAUUGAAGAGUACAGAAAAAUGUACAAGAAACCCUUCAAGAGCCCGUUCAACAAGCUUAUCGUGAAACUGGUGAACAUGCACUGCGCAGAUUCAACAAACACAACGGACUGCGGAAUAUAUGCAAUGCAUCACAUGUCCAAAUAUGUUUGUGUGCAUGCAGAUGGCCAUGAUUACGCAUUCCCUGUGAUAGGCAGUGAUUCGAGGAAAAAGGUCCACAUGAAGAACAAGUUGGACACUCUGCGGCUGAGGUACUUGGCCAAAUUGAUCGAGUCUCCAAUAAACAAGAAAUCAGAUGUUGUCCGAGAGGAUUUGAGUAAUUAUUUCGCUGAAAAGACAAUCGAGUGA